CACUGUCAAGCGCAGCCUCGAUACACGGUAUAUACCACGUGGACAGCUCUUCCCGACGCACGGAAGCACGAAACCCCACCCACAACGACCAGUGGCAGCAUCAUAGCAGCCCCAGCAUUCUACACCCACGUUAUUGAAACAUCAAGAAACAAUGUCCCCCAAGAAACACGUUGUCUUCGACGUAGUCGGCACCUGCGUCUCCUUCGACGCCUUCUACAACUGCAUUGACCGAGUCAUCGGCGACAAACUGCGGGCGCAAUGUAUCACGCCCCAUUUCUUUGGGUUCAGCUGGAUGACCGCUGCCGAGCUGGAAUUCACCUUCUUAUCCAUCUCAGAACGCUAUAGGCCCUACAAAGACGUUAUCACGGCGCUGUUCUAUCGGACGUUACACAUGGCGGGCGUGGAGGACCCGAGGUCGUUUGCCACGGAGGCUGAGAGGGACCAGUGUGUGCAGGGGUAUUCGGAGUUGGAGCUUAGACCUGGUACCCGAGAGUGUUUUGCCAAGUUGAGAGAGGCGGGCUUCACGGUCUGGUGUCUUACGACUGGGGACACGAGACGUGUGAGAGGGUAUUUUGAGCGCGCCGGGGUGGAUAUGCCGUUGGAGAACUUCAUUAGUUGUGACUCGCAGGGGGUGGCUAAGCCGGCGCUGGCGGCGUAUAGGCCUGCCAUGGAGAGAUUUGCGGAAGAGGAUGUCAAGUGGUUUGCGGCGGCGCAUAUGUGGGAUGUUUCGGCGGCGGUUAAGGUCGGAUUCAGAGGGGCAUAUUGUACGGUGUAUGAGAAGGAGUCGUGUGCGGAGAUUUUUGACACACAGAUGGAGGUGUUGGCUGAUUCUUUGCCUAACAUGGCAGACAAGAUUAUUGCAGCUUCAGGGUAGUAUUUUUAGAUGUUAAUGAUAAUGAAAGAAAUGGAGCCACAGUAACAAGUAAAAACUC